AUGAAGUUCACUGCAAUCACUGUAGUGGCCGCUCUUCUGCUCUGCUUUCAAGCGGUCCAGUGCAAAGUGUCAUCGCCGCCACAAUCAUCAUUUUCUUCAUCACCAUCGUCAUCUUCAACCAAGAAUGCCACCACUGUCUCUUACCCGGGAAUCGGCACCUUCAACGCCACCGACUACCUCGACCAGUCGAGCACCAAGAAGAGCACCCUCUACCUGCCCUUCAGCCCCUCCACAAUAAACCUCAUCUUCCAGCUGUACACUCGCAGCAACCGCCAACAGCCGCAGAACAUCACCUGGAACUCCACCGAGUCACUGCAGCGGGCCGCCAACUUUGACGGCAGCAAGCCCACUAAAAUAAUCGUCCACGGGUACAGUGAAAAUCCGAGCAAUCGCGAGUGGAUGCACGACAUGAAGAACGCCUUUCUCGAGCGGAUGGACGUCAAUGUGAUCAUCGCCGACUGGUCGGGCGGCAACAAGGAGCCCUAUGGACAGGCGGUGGCGAACGCUCCCCUCGUCGGACCGAUGAUUGCAAUUCAGAUGUCGCUGAUGAUCACUGGGCUAGACCCAGCUGGACCCUCGUUCAAAGACCGUCAGCCUAAGGGUCGCCUCUGGUACAGUGACGCCAAGUUUGUCGAUGUGAUACACACUGAUGCAAAGCCCCUGGUAGGAAUGGGAUAUGAAGAACCCUCAGGAACAGUGGAUCUGUAUCCGAAUGGUGCUAAAAGCCAGCCAGGCUGUGCUAAAGAUCGUAUCGGGGCGUGUACUACAUCGAGGCUAUACGUAAUGGAAACAAUCCAAAAACAAUUGCCUAUCGAUGUGCCGAUUAUGCGACUUUCAAUGCAGACAACAGUACUUGUCGUAGUUGUGGAGCCAAUC